AUGCCAUCUAUUAUUUUUAUUAUUUUUCAUUUAUUUUUGCAGCUGAGUUUCCGAGUUAACUCGGAGCCCACUCAGGACAAGCAAGCUCUCCUUGCUUUUAUUUCACAAACACCACACUCUAACCGUGUUCAAUGGAACGCUUCUGAUUCCGUUUGUAACUGGGUCGGUGUUCAAUGCGACGCUUCAAGUUCCUAUGUUUAUUCGCUCCGUUUACCCGCCGUGGAUCUUGUGGGUCGGGUCCCACCAAACACAAUCGGACGGCUAACGAAUCUUCGCGUUCUCAGUCUCCGUUCUAAUGGUCUCACCGGUGAGAUCCCUUCCGAUUUCUCUAAUUUGACUUUUCUUCGUAGUAUAUAUCUUCAGAAGAAUAAAUUCUCCGGUGGGUUUCCGUCUAGUUUAACUCGGUUAACUCGUUUGACUCGCUUGGAUCUCUCUUCCAACAACUUUUCCGGCUCAAUUCCUUUCUCCAUCAACAACUUGACUCACCUCAGUGGCCUCUUCUUGGAGAAUAACACCUUCUCUGGUAGCCUUCCCAGCGUUACUGCAAAUUUGAACGGCUUUGAUGUUUCUAACAACAAUCUCAAUGGUUCAAUCCCCAAGACGCUGUCGAAAUUCCCCGAAUCUUCCUUUGCCGGAAACAUAAAUCUUUGUGGCCCACCAUUGAAAUCGUGCAGCCCGUUUUUUCCAGCGCCGGCGCCGUCACCGGGUUCCAUACCACCGGUGAUUAAACCGGGGAAGAAAUCUAAGAAGCUUUCAACCGGCGCCAUUGUCGCAAUUGUAGUUGGUUCCGUUCUGUUCAUAGCGUUACUGCUACUACUCUUAUUACUCUGUCUCCGGAAACGUCGCCGGCAACCAGCGAAACCACCUAAGCCAGUUGUCGCAGCAGCUCGCGCUGCUCCUGCAGAAGCCGGAACAUCGUCUUCCAAGGACGAUAUAACCGGUGGUUCAGCUGAAGCAGAGAGGAACAAAUUGGUGUUCUUUGAGGGAGGAAUAUACAGUUUCGAUUUGGAAGAUUUGCUUAGGGCUUCUGCGGAGGUUUUGGGAAAGGGAAGCGUUGGGACUUCGUAUAAAGCGGUGUUGGAAGAAGGAACAACGGUGGUUGUUAAGAGGUUGAAAGAUGUUGUUGUAACAAAGAAAGAGUUUGAGAUGCAAAUGGAGAUUCUGGGUAAAAUUAAGCAUGAGAAUGUGGUUCCUCUUAGAGCAUUUUACUUCUCUAAAGAUGAGAAAUUGCUUGUUUAUGAUUACAUGCCCGCCGGUAGCUUAUCUGCUCUACUUCACGGUAGCAGAGGAUCUGGGCGAACACCGUUAGAUUGGGACAACCGGAUGAGAAUAGCACUGGGAGCAUCAAGAGGACUAGCAUGCCUCCACGUGUCAGGCAAAGUAGUCCACGGCAACAUUAAAUCUUCCAACAUCCUCCUCCGUGGAGCCGACAAUGACGCAAGCGUUUCGGAUUUUGGUCUCAACCCGUUAUUCGGAAACGGAUCUCCAUCAAACCGGGUCGCCGGUUACCGUGCACCGGAAACCCUAGAAACCCGAAAAGUCACCUUCAAGUCUGAUGUAUACAGCUUCGGCGUAUUGCUGUUGGAGCUAUUAACAGGAAAAGCACCCAAUCAAGCUUCACUAGGCGAAGAGGGAAUCGAUCUACCGAGGUGGGUCCAAUCCGUUGUUCGUGAAGAAUGGACCGCAGAGGUUUUUGACGCUGAGUUGAUGAGGUUUCACAAUAUCGAAGAAGAGAUGGUUCAGUUGUUGCAGAUAGCGAUGGCUUGUGUUUCUGUGGUGCCUGAUCAGAGACCAAGCAUGCAAGACGUGGUCCGCAUGAUUGAGGAUAUGAAUCGCGGUGAAACGGAUGAGGGUCUUCGUCAGUCGUCGGAUGAUCCUUCUAAAGGAUCCGAGGGUCAUACUCCACCUCAGACAAGGACUCCACCUAGAUCGCGUACACCGUAG